GGAAUGUUGUAAAAAAUUAGAUAAACGCGUUAAAAAGGAGAGAAACGGAGAUUAUUUAUUAUAAACGGGAAUUAAUUAUUUUUCGCAGUCGUGCUGGAUAAAGCCCGGUCUUUCGUCAUUAUAAUUCACCAAAAAUUAAAAUAUCUCAAGAACUUAAACUGUCACUUUAUCUUAUAAUUUCAGCAAUUUAUUCUUCCUUUAACAAUAUAUCGUCUUUCUCUCUCUUCUCUCCGGGAAUCUACAUACACAUUUAUUUUUCAUUUCACUUUAAAUACGGAGGGCGAGGGAGAAAGAUGUUGCUAAAACAAACAGGCCAUUUAAAUCGAUUCAAGUGACACACGUGAUUUCGCGAGCUAUCGCUCAAUUCAAUUCUCGAAUUCGCGGCGAUGACAUCUAAUUCGGGAUGCGCACUUUUCACGCGCCAUUGAACCAUACGCGAGCCCGUGUUUCAUCCUUUUGCGCAAUUUCAGAAACGCAGUCCGAUUUGCGACGUAGCAUUACGGAAAUGUCAAGCGUUCGAGGGUGAACGCAAAACCCGAUCGAGAAGCUCGAUCGUACGUGUUCCUAACCUCAAAUACCCAGUUUGAGCCGGUGCGAAGGUGCUUUCUAGGACUCGGAGAUGCUGCAAAGGACGAUUCCGACGUUGAAAUGUGUUAAGAUCGGAACGGCGCAGCUUCGUUCUCUAACAAAAGUGUCGGCCAACUUGCAAGAGAAUCCAGACAAGAUGCAAGCUUGGCAGAUACACUCGUACAACGGACUGAACGACCUGAAGUUGUCCAAUGUCAGGAUGCCGGUGAUCACUCAGCCGACGGAUGUCCUGGUGAAAGUUGAAGCGGCCAGCGUGAAUCCCAUCGACGUCGCGAUGACAAGUGGUUACGGCGCAACUACCAUGAAUUUACUACGUAAAACGAAAAGCUUGUGCGACACGGUGUACGAUGAGCUGGAAUUGCCGUUGACGUUAGGCAGGGAUUUCACGGGGGUGGUCGUGUCAAAGGGACACUGCGUAGAUCGGCUGCAGCUAGGAGAGGAAGUCUGGGGAGUGGUUCCGGUGGAGCAGCAGGGUUGUCACGCAAAUUACAUCAUAGUCGAUGACAGCUUGGUGAAUCCACGUCCACGUAAACUGUCUCAUGUCGAAGCAGCGGGUGUCCUGUACGCCGGACUGACCGCGUGGUCCGCGCUGUGGAUCACCGGCGGCCUGUCUUACAAGACGGCGAUACCUGCGAGGAUAAACAAACGCGUGCUGAUCGUGGGAGGUUCCGGAGGAGUCGGCACCAUGGCUAUACAACUGUUGAAAGCCUGGAACAUACAUGUGACUAGUACCUGCAGCAGCGACGCGGUGGACGCGGUGCAGAAUUUAGGCGCUGACGUCGUCAUCGAUUACAAGCAGAGUGACGCCGAGGCGAAAGUCAUCGCGGAGGGACCAUAUGACAUAAUCUUGGAUUGCGCCAAUCAGGGACCGGAGCAGAUCAGGAUGAAGGGAUAUCCGCACAACACCUACGUAGGACUGAACUCGCCGGUGCUGAAGAACAUAGAUCAGCACGGGCUGCUCGUCGGAAUGGCGAAGAACCUCGGAGAUCUCUUGAGGCUCAACGUCCCGCAACCGAAGAACGCAAGCUGCGUUAAGUGGGGAUUCUUCGUGCCCUCUCGGACGGGGCUCAAUGUCCUACAACAACUCGUGGAGAGUGAAAAGAUCGUGCCCGUCGUGCAGCAAGUGUAUCCCUUUCGAGACCUGCCGCUGGCGUACGAAAGAAUGAAACAGGGCCAUUUGAGAGGCAAACUAAUCAUCGAUAUGAGAUAGCAGUCUGUCUUCGAGUUAAAGAUGAAUGUUAUAUAAAUUAAUAUAUAUAUAUAUUUUACAAAAAUCGUUACAUAUCUUAAUACAGUCGUAUUUUACGUGACA